AUGGCUCAACGCCUCGCUCAAGUCACUUCACACCUCACUUACCCGGCUGGCCUUCUGGCCAACACUGUUGCCAUUAUCACAGGUGGAGGACAAGGCAUUGGCGCAGAGACGGCGAGGUUGUUUGCGAAAGAAGGUGCAAAGGUGUUAAUUGCUGAUAUAGACGAGAAGAGAGCGAUCGCUGUCGCGGAAUCCAUCAACAACAUUUUGCCUGCCCACGCUCUUGCAGUACCUGGCGAUAUCCUUAAUGACGACUAUAUUGUAAAUCUAGUCCAAAAGGCCGCCGACUUUGGUAACGGAAAAAUCCACAUCAUUGUUAACAAUGCAGGGUUUACUUGGGAUGGGGUUAUCCAUAAGAUCACUGAUGCACAAUGGGACACUAUGCUAGCCAUUCACUGUACAGCCCCGUUCAAACUUGUUCGGGCAGCUGCGCCAUACUUUCGAGUGAAAGAUGGGGAGAGCCGCGUGGUUAUCAAUAUUAGCUCAACCAGCGGGCUUCAUGGCAACGCCGGCCAGGCCAAUUAUUCAGUUGCCAAAGCUGGCUUAGUCGGCCUAACGAGGACUAUUGCCAAAGAAUGGGGUCCCGCAUUUGGCGUCCGUGCCAACACCAUCGCUUUCGGAUCGGUACAAACCCGUUUGACAGAGGCUAAGGAAAAUGGGACAUUCAUCACGGCCCCGGAUGGUAGCAAAGUCGCGCUGGGCAUUCCAGCCAAGCAGCUAGAAAGUCGCAAGGGUGGCGAUGGGGUCAAGCAGCAGUAUCCAGAUAUCCCGCUGGGUCGACCAGCAAGCGCCCAAGAGGCUGCGCGAUCAAUCCUGGGUGUUGCUAGUCCACUGUUUUCAUAUGUAAAUGGGGAGUCAAUUCGGGUGACUGGAGGAAGGAACAUGUAG